AGUGGAGACCAUUGUUUUCAAGUUACUAGCGUGAGGGGAGUAAGUUAGACACCUCUGUCCUAAUUAGGCAGCCUUGAAUUACUGUAUAUAAAAUAUUACUAAAAGAUAAGAAGGUUACGUAACGAGAUGGAACAUUGCACAUUCGUGAAUUCAGCUUAACAGCUUUUAUACAGUAAUAAUAAAUUAUUUUUGAAUGCAGCCAUGUAUUUGUAUUAUAUUGUAUUUACACAAUUAAAAAGGAAAGCGAUAUAUGAAUUGAAGUAAUUAAAUACUUGAUAAUUACAAAAUCAGUUUCUCAAUUUAAUUUUGUCGUACAACAUAUAACUCUUAUAACUCUUAUAUAACUCAUUCUUAUAAAACAUAUAUUAAAAAAUUUACAAAAUUUAUAAAAUAAUUAUUCGUUUUAUUAAAAAUUAAAAGAUUAUGUGCAACUAGUGAUAUAAUAAAUAUUGUUAUAUAGUAUUACUAUAUUUAUAAAAAUUACAAACAUGUCAGAAGUGGCAAAAAAUUUAAAAAUAAUACAAGAUAAAAUUUUAGCUGCUUCAGUCAAGAGACCAUUGGAGUAUAAAUAUUUUGAACCACGUUUGGUUGCAGUAAGUAAAUUUCAACCUCCCGAAUUAAUUAUAGAUGCCUAUAAUGCUGGACAAAGACAUUUUGGUGAAAAUUAUGUGAACGAAUUGGAAGAAAAAGGAAACAAUCCAGAUAUUUUGUCAAACUGUCGUAAUAUACAUUGGCACUUUAUUGGUCAUUUACAGCGAAACAAAGUGAACAAACUAUUAAACAUUCCAAAUUUGUAUAUGAUAGAGACAAUAGAUAAUGAGAAAAUUGCAUCUGCCUUGAAUACUUCAUGGUCCAAAUUUAGGAAACAAAAUGAUUUAAAAUUAAAAAUAAUGGUACAAGUUAAUACAAGUAAAGAAGAAGGAAAAAGUGGUUGCCAAAUUUCAGAUGUUUGUCCUCUUGUAAAUUAUAUUAUUAAUAAUUGUGAAAACUUAGAAUUUAUAGGACUAAUGACAAUAGGCAUGUUUGGAUAUGAUACAGCUAAAGGAUCAAACCCCGAUUUUUUACAAUUAAGAGAAUGUAAACAUAAUGUAUCAAAUGAAUUAGGUAUUGAUUUGGAAAAAAUUGAGUUAUCUAUGGGAAUGUCAAAUGAUUAUGAGCAAGCGGUGGAAUUGGGCAGUACAAAUGUCAGAGUAGGCAGUGCAAUUUUUGGACAACGGCCAACAAAAGAUAAAUAAAUGAAUUUAGUGCAUUAUCCUUUUUUUCUCCCAAGUUUAAAAACAUUUCCAGCUUAAACCAUUUAAUAGUAGGUAUAAUUUUUAUAAAUUUAAAACAAAAAAUGUAAAUACCUGUAUGUUUUGAUAUAUAAUUAGUAAAUAUACUAGCUUUAGUUAAACAUAUUUUUGAAUCAUUGUAUAAAAGUACAUAAUACUCGUAUAUGUAUAUAUUUAUUGA